AUGGCUAAGAAAGGCGGAAAGAAGGGCAAGAAGGGCGGCAACAAGCCCGCCGCCGUCGCUGCUGCUGCCGUCGACAAGGUCACCGACACUGCAAAGAGCAUCGUCCACCCCAAUGAGAAUGUCGAGGACAAGGCGCACACUGAAUCCCAGCCCGAAACCGCGACUGAGACUUCCGAGACUGCGACCAAGCCCACCGAGACCCUCGAGUCCAAGGCUGAGGAGACCAAGCCCGAGGAAACUCCCGCUGUGACCGAGACUCCCGCGACUGAGACUUCCGAGACUGCGACCAAGCCCACCGAGACCCUCGAGUCCAAGGCUGAGACCAAGCCCGAGGAAACUCCCGCUGUGACCGAGACUCCCGCGACUGAGGACAAGGAGACCGCGGCCUCCAAGGCCCCCGUCGCAGAAAAGGAUACAGUCGACGAGGCCGUAGAGAAGGCGCAGGCCUCCAAGGCCGGUCAAGUUGGCGAAUUGGACGCUGGCGACGCCGCCGGUAGUGCCAUCAUCCCCGAAAAGACCACCAAGGAGUCGGCCAUCGUCCCCGAGACCCCCAAGGAGCCCGCUCCUUCCACCGCGACCGGCGCGGCCACCACACUCGCCGAGCGCCCUAAGACUUCGGAAUCGACCGCUGCCGCCCCUGCUCCUGAGCCCGUUCCCACCCCCGAGGUUGUUUCUGCGACCGCAGAGGCUGAGGCCGAGACCACUCACAAGCGCCCGUAUGAUCAGCCCAUCUUCAACAACGAGGAAAACCUCAAGCCCCACAAGAUGCCCAAGACCGACGAGGAGCAGCUCGCAGCUAGCGCCGCUCAGGACAAGGAGACCAUUGAGAACCUUGCCGGUGCCGGUCCUGCUUCGACUGCUGCGUUGACCACUCCUGAACCUGUGCCUGCCACUGAGGUUUCCAAGGAGGCCCCCAAAGCUGAGGAGAAGAAGGUCGAAGAGAAAAAGGUCGAGGAGAAGAAGCCCGAGGCUCCCAAGACUACCGCUUCCUCCAGCGGUGCCAAGCCAUCCUCCCCCGACGCAGUCGCCGGUGCAGCUGCGGCCAUGUCCGCCAGCAAGGACAAGUCCGCAGCCCCCGCAGCCAAGGAGGCCGAGCUCCAGAAGCCCGAGGCAGCCCUGAAACGCGGCGAGGAGCCCCUGCCCAAGACUGAAGCCCCCAAGGCUGAGCCCAAGUCCGAGUCCAAGCCCGAAACCAAGGCUGCUGAGCCCGCUAAGGAAGAGGCCAAGGACGAGACCAAGACAUCGGAGCCAUCAGAGGGCGAGAAGGAGAAGAAGAAGGAGAAGGGCGGAUUCCUCUCUUGGUUGAAGCGCAAGUUCAAAUAA